UGCUUUAAAUAAUACGACAAAAGUUAUCAGCAUUUGAGAGGUCAUGUGUUUAAAAGUAGUUGAUUUACAAUUAAACACGUACUAAUAAGACAAAGUAGUAAGCGAAAAUCCACAUUUAAUACAAUAUGGGACAUUUUAUAAACAUCACCUUUCUUCUUUUUUGUUUCAAUUUCUCUGCUGAAAAACCUUUGGACGUAAAGCAAGAACUUUUCGAACACGGGUUUUUGACUUCUUUGGAAGAAAACCCGGAAGUAUUAGGUAAUGCAAUAGAAAAAUUCCAGCAAGCAAAUGGCCUGCAAGUAACUGGCAAUUUAACUGAAGAGACAUUGAAGAAAAUGUCUUCCCCGCGUUGUGGCAAAGCUCCUAAGCUCGAAGCUAGAAAUCGUGUUAAAUGGUCUAAAUCACACAUAACAUACAAAAUAAAAAAUUGGACGGCCCCUUUUACUGAAAUUUUACUUAGAAGUACGUUUGAGAAUUAUAUUGCACAGUGGACAGAGGAAAUUGACCUUAGAAUUACCGAAUCGACUGCUAAAAAAGCUGAUAUUGAAGUCUAUUUUUCAAAGCAAGAUGGACAAUAUGGCGUUCUUGGUUAUGCCUAUUUGCCGGAAAAUGGUGACAUAUAUUUUGAUGAAAGUGAAGAAUGGGUUUUUGAUACUUCAGAUCCAGAGAAAAUUUUUUUCGGAUGGGUUGCAGCGCACGAAUUGGGCCAUGCUUUAGGCCUGCCUCACGUGGAAUCUAAGACUUCUAUCAUGAAUCCUUAUUACUCAAAUAAAGUAACAAAUCCAUCAAACUCUGACCUUAAAAAUAUUAAAUCAUUGUAUGGAAAGGCAGAAAAAGUGGAUGCUUUAUUAAAAACCGAGGAACUUAUUCUUAUUAAAGGCAGAAAAUACUGCACAAUUCUCAACCACACUGUUCAAGCUGGACCAUUUUCUCUCGAACUAAAAUACCCAGGAUUACCCAAUCGUAUUGAUGCUGCCUUUUCGUUGAAAAAUGUUGUGUAUUUUUUCAAAAACAACGUGUUUUUUAAAUUCAAAAAAGGACAAAACAGUUUUGUAAGAAAACUUAUUUCCGUUGGUUUUGAAAAGGUACCAAGUUACAUUGAUGCUGCAUUUUUUGAUCCAAAUUCCAAUUACAUUUAUUUUUUCAAAGGGUCAAAUUAUUAUAUUUUUGAUAUUUACGAAGAAAUAGGAAAACGACUGAUAGCAAAAAAGAAGAUUUCCUAUAAUUGGUCAAUUCCUAACAAUAUCGAAGCUGCAGCAUUAUUGGAUAAUUCAAGGGUUUUAUUUAUUAAAAAACUCACGUGUUAUACUGUAGACUUAGCAACAAAAGAACUUUUGAGUGAGCAGCGGUGUGCCAGUCUUUAUGAUUAUUGCUGAUUCAAGAAAUAAAGACAAAUUGAAAUUAUAAUGUA